AAGGUCUUAUCCCUUUCUCUUUAUUUCCUUAGGAGUCUGUCUCCGUCUACGACUGUUAAAGCGAGAGAGGGCCUCGAUACAUUUCAAAAGGAUCAGACUUGAUUUCUUAAGAUUCAUAGUUAUUCUUAGCAGCGGAGAGUGAGAGGGAGAGGAAAUCCAUGUCGACCCACCAAGACGAUCUCGAUCUCCUUCUCUCUCUUCAAGAUAGGGUUUUGGAGACCCCACCUGCUUCUCCUUCCACCCUUCAAUCGGCGGAACCAGGUUACCUGUCCGACGAUGGAUCACCCAAGCGGGUCCGGAAGGCUGACAUGUCUGUCUUCAGAGAUUCUGUCGGAGAGUACCUUAAAGAUGAACCUAACAUCGUCGAUAAAGCUUCCAGGUUGAGCAAACCUAAGAACUCAAAUGAUGUUGAGGUCGAUAAAUUCUCGGGUCUGCGGUUUCGGAUGCCCUUGGUAUCAGCUGCAGAGCUGAGCAACCAGUUAUCUGAUAUUCGUUUUGUUCAGUUGCCAGCAAUAAGGAAUUUGAUUGUCAGUGAUAACCUUUCUGGUUGUUGGGCCACUGUCGGAGUUCUUGUUGAAAAGGGGGAUCGGAGAGUAAGCUCCACUGGGAAGAACUUCUGUAUAUGGAGAAUUGGGUGUUUGGAUGAAAACACAAUUCCAGUGUUCUUGUUUGGGGAUGCUUACACGAAGAACUGUAACGAGAUGUUAGGAACCGUCUUUGCAUUUUUCAAUGCUGGUGUACGCAAGGAUACAAAGGACCCUGGGUUUUCUCUCAGUUUGUUUUCGGCCAACCAUAUUUUGAAGAUGGGAACUUCUGUGGAUUACGUAGUUUGCAAAGGAAAGAGAAAGGACGGGAUGGCUUGCACGGUUGUCUUAAAUAAGCGUAAUGGGAUCUAUUGCAAAUACCAUAAGUCGAAAACAUACAAUAAAUAUACGGUUGUGCGUUCUGAACUCAAGGGAGGGAACUUGAGAACAGCCUUCAGAGAUCCCCUUAAUGCGGAAGGGAUUUACUUGGUGGAUCCUCUUGGUGACAAAACAAAUGUUAAAAAGUCCAAGCAACCAGUGAAGCUAUUGUCUGUGGAGGGAUUGAAAAAGGCCUUAAGUAAUGCAAGUAAAGUGACAACUAAUACCCACUCACAAGGAAUAAGAUUCCUUGCAGAAGUGACAGGCAAAAUGCACCCAAAAAAUUCAAGUAAUGUGUCAGAAGUGCCAAAUCAUCUAAAGGCUUGUCCAGAGAAAAGGUUAUCAUCAUCUGCAAAGCUGGCUCCAACUAUCUCUGUAAAAAAUCAACAACCAGAGACAAAGAGAAAGAAAACUGAGCAGGCUUCAGAAAAGAUGAUUGAAUUGGAUAUUGUUAGUUCAGACGAAGAAGGUUGAGGGUGGCAAGUUCUCGUUGACUACUCAUAACUGUGCCAAAGUCGUUACUGCAUGCAUCCUUUGGCGCCUUUUCCUUCGUUGGACAACCUUCUCCAACUGGAUUCAUAGGGCAGGAAACCAAUGCUAGUGUCUCGUCAUUGGUAUAAGUUCCAAGGAAUUGAACUUCUUUGAACGCUCAAAUGGUUUUCUUCUCAGACACCUGAUUUUUUUCCUAGGUGAGGGAGAUUUUCCUUCUCUAUAUAUUUGACAUUUUUCUGGACAGUUGUAUAGGAUUCUCUGACUACACUUUGUUUCUGUUUGGGAAAUCUCUCUAUUGAAGUGCUUGUAUAACAAGGAAAUGACCAGACUAUUCAUGUAAACAAUAUCAACUUUUAUCUCUCUUAUGAGAACAAAAUCAAUGUCAUGUGCCUACAUGAUUCUUCCA